UUGUUCUCCGAGCAGCGCAGGAAUGGCUCUAUCAAAAAUGUUUGCUAAGUGCAUGGGCACCGCUCAUGCUCUAAGUAUUAAGACAUUGAAAGAUAUUCCAAAGCCAGCUGGCUCACUUCCACUCUUGGGACACUAUUUGCAAGUAAGAAGGCGCCCGGGGAACUUGAGCGAUUUCUACUUGAAGCAUUUUCAGGACUUGGGGCCAAUUUUUAGGCUUGAGUUCCCGGGAGGAAAAAAUGUUGUCUGUUUUGCUGAUCCUGAUGCUAUGGAGGCAGUAUAUCGAGCUGAAGGCAUCAACCCCAUCAGGACAUUUGCAGGACCAGCUAAUUUCCAAUGGUUCUACAAGAAGAAGAAUUUUCCAACGCCUUUUGUUUUUCUGACUGGGGAGGAAUGGAGGAAUGCAAGAUCUAAGCAUAAGAAUCAGAUUCUUCCUCAGAACGUGCAUCAAUACAUUCCUGGCUUUAUCAGUGCAACAGAGAGAUUCAUCAGAAAUAUCAGUGAGAGCUCUACUGAUGAUGAUGGCUACAUAGAAGAUAUUCACUCAUUGAUCAAAAUCUGGAGCAUGGAAGCAUCUGCAUACUUCACUUUUGGAGCUGAUAUAGACACGACUAAAUCUUCUCUUCCCGAAACUCAAAAAUUCCACGAGGGGUUUUCUACACUUGUAUCCACCAUUGAUGACUUCAUUACAGCCCUGCCUUUAUUCAAAUACUUCCCUUCAAAAAUGGUCAAAACGCUAAGCAAAGCAACAGAUGAUCUCUACAGUAUUGGUCGGAAGUACAUUGAUUUGCAUCAAGAGAGCGAGAGUGGGUACAGCCUAAUGGACCAGCUACUAAAGGAAGGAAGAAUGAGCAAAGAAGAGAUAAUAAUGUCUGCUAUCUUCUUAAUGGCUUCUGCACUGGAUACGAUAUCAUCUAAUUCAAGCUACUUGCUCUAUGAGCUAUCUAAACGUCCUGAUAUUCAGGAGAAGGUAUACAAACAGGUGACAUCAGCUCUUGGUAGUACAAACGCAAUCAGUGGAGAAGUUUUACAGAUGAUGCCUUAUCUUGGUUGUGUAAUCAAGGAAACUCAAAGAAUAACUCCUAUAAGCCCUAAUCACAUUAGAACUGUCACAAAGGAUGUAAAUUUGCUUGGAUACAACAUACCAGCCCAAACACUGACGAUGUACUCAACAUUGGCCGUUUCAAGAAAUGAAAGAUUUUUCAAAAAUCCACUGGAUUUCGAUCCUGACCGUUGGAAUAGAGAUAAAAUUCAUUCAUUUUCUAUUCUGCCAUUUGGUCUUGGACCUAAAAGCUGUUGGGGAAGGAGGUUUGCUGAAGUUGAAAUGAAAGUUCUUCUAGCUCUAUUAUGUCAAAAUUACAAGAUGGAGAGCAUAGAAGCUCCCAGUGCUCAAAUAAAAGUUAAAGAGAAACUUUUUACAAGACCAUUGAAUCCAAUUAGGAUAAGAUUCAUUCAAAGACAAUGAGCUAUAUUAUGCAUUGUAGAGUACAAAGUUUAUUAUUUUUAA